AUGCAUAUAUUGUGCACAAUUUGUAGUGAUCUUGUGAAUCCGUCUGAAAAUAUUCAUGUGAUCAAAUGUGGUCACAUCUUUCAUUAUGAUUGUUUAAAACAAUGGGUGGAUAGGUCAAAAUCAUGCCCUCAAUGUCGAAUAAAAGUUACAAAUAGUUGCAUAUUUAGAAUUUACCUUACUGUAUCUAAUGAAAACACUGAAGAAGAUGUUACCACACUACAGUCAAAACUUGAUAAUACUCAACUCCAAUUGCGACAGGCACAUAUAGAUUGCAAGGAGAAAGAAAAAAACAUUAGUGACUUAAAACUUGACCUAAAAAAGACUGAGGACCUUAUUCAAGACUUAGAAAAGAAACUAGUUAUUAAGAGCUCAGCUGUAACAGCACUUAAAGAACAAUUAAAAUAUGUACAAAUACAAAAUCAAGAGACACAAAGGCUUAAGGAAGAAAAUGAAUUUCUUAAAAAUAAUGUUGAGACAUUGAAAGGUUUACAGAAAGUGUUGAACGCAUGCAGCGAAGAGGUUGAGAAGAUGUUGCCAGAUUACAAUGAUAUUCGUACAAUUGCCAUGUUUGCUACGUCAUUGAAAAGAGCUCUAUGUGAUUCAGAGAAGAAAAAGAAUGAAUAUCGCAAUCAAGUACAACAGUUGAAACAGAAGCUUGACAGCGAAAAGGCAAAAACACAAAAACUUCAGAUCAAAUUGAACCAAGCAAUUUCUGAUGCAAGUAUAAAGCAACAGAAUACCUGUUUGAAAAAAGAGUUGAGUAAAGUAACAACCCAUGACGACUCAGCGAUAGAUAUCACUAUACAAAAUAAGACACGAGAGAAUGGAAGGAGUUCAGACGACAGUUUCACACACCUUGUGGAUAAAAUAGAAAAUGCGGAUUCACCAUAUCUUAAUUUAAAACAGAGCAGUCUCUCGCUCACCGUGCUACAGCGACGACCUAAUCAUCAAUUGCCUGAUAAAAAUCUUAAGCCAUCAGAAUAUGCGUUAAUAAACUCUGUCAAGGCAUCAGUGGCCAAACAACAAGAAAACUUGAGCAUUUUCAAAAAGAAAGAGUCUGUGGUAGAAGUAAAUGAAAAUUCCGGUGGUUUGAUUGAUAUUUCAUACGACGGCCUCGGUGGACACUCUAAAUUGGAUAUUUUCCCAGUGCCUACAAAACCGGGAAAGAGCUGUAUCCCCAAGUUAACAGCUAAACAUAAGCUGAAACGACCGCCAUCAAAUACCCAGGACUUACAGAAAUACUUAAAGAAACGAAAAGAUAGUUAA